UCGAGCCGGAAGUGCUGCGGCGGCGGCUUGUCUUCCCGCCCGGCCGGGCGCCGCGCGCAGGUGUGCGCGGGACCUGGCAGAGGGGACGGGGAGCUGUGGGGAGGGAUGUUUCUGAAGCCUGCCGCGUCCUGACAGUCUGUCAGAGCUGGGCAGACCAUAAGGUCAUGGUCUCGGGUCUCUCGUCACACGGUGAGAGCUGCACCGUCUCCUUUCCUCCUGGCAGCUCCGGAAAUGGGAUGCUUUUGACAGGAGCCUGAGCGGAGGGAGAGCACGAGCCCAAGCCCCAGGCUGUGGUGCUGCUUCUCCUGGUGGAGAAAAUGGCUGCUGAGCUGGAGCCCAUGGCAGCUGUGGACUUUCCUGUCUCAGCCCCUGAGGUGAAGAUGGAGGAAUAGGACCCAGGAGGUUUCCAGGUCACAGUAAGUGUGGAAAUCAAGGAGGUGUCCUCAGGCACGGUGCAGCACAGUGGGGAAUGGCAGGAACCGUGCGAUUCCUGGCUGGUGCAGCCGAAGGCCUAUCCUGUGAACAUGCCUAUGGGGGAGGCAGGACAGAGGGAAACCCCGGGACAAACCACCUCAUGUCCCCAAAGAGGAGCCCCUGCCCAACCAGGAGUCGGUUAACCCGCCCCACUCCUGUCUUGCUGCAGCUUCCCCGAGUACCAAGGAGACUUGGGACUGGUCAACAGAUGAAAGCUCUUCAGGCUGGUGCCCUGGACAAGGCAGCAGGUGCAGAAACCUUGAGUGGAGCUGAGAAGCAGGCUCCUAAGGAAGGGCCUGUUAAGCUGGAGCUGCAGAGGACUUCCCCAGGGACACUGGGAGAGAGGGGCUCCUUUACACCUGAUCUGGGCCAACUGCAGAAGUGGCAAGGCAGACCUCCAAAGCUGGGGGAGAGCUUGGAGCUCUGGGAUGUCUUUGAGGAUGUGGCUCUUCAUUUCACAUGGAAGGAGUGGAAGCUGCUGGAAGAUGAAGACAAGGUGCUUUACCGGGACCAAAUGCUGAGGAAUUACCAAGCCCUUGUUUCCCUGGGAUAUCGAGGUUCCACAUCUGACUUAAUCUGCUGCAUCCAGCGAGGAGAGGUAGAGCUCUGGGUCCGUGAUGAUGAAGACUGUGGGGAAAUCUCAGGGUCAGAGGAUCUGCUACCAGGAGGUGACUGGCUGCUGAGCAGAGCUGAGGAGCAGGCUGCUGAAAAAAGGCCUGCAAAUGUGGAGUUGCCACAGACUUCUCCAGGGCGUUUGCAUGGGCUGGACUUGCUGCAUCCUGAGAGGGACCAGUGGCACAGGAGUCAGGGUAGGCCUCACAAGCAGAAGGAGAAUAUACACCGGAGCAUCUGCUUGGGGAGGAAGAUACACUGCUGCACCAAGUGCGAGAAGAACUUCAUCUGCUGGCAAGGCCUGUCCCAGCACCAGUGUGUGCAAAGGAGGGAACAGACAUACUGCUGUACCAGGUGUGGGAAGAGCUUCAAGCAGCCCUCCAGCCUGGCCAGGCACAGGCAAAUGCAUGCAAGGGAGAAGCCACAUCAGCACUCUGAGUAUGAUAAGAGCUUCACCCACUCUUUCAUCCUGGCCAAACACCAGCUCAUCCACACAGGGGAGAAGCCAUAUCAGUGCUUUGAGUGUGGGAAGAGCUUCACCCACUUGUCCUACCUGACUGAACACAAGCAAAUUCACAUGUGGGAGAAGUCACAUCAGUGCUCAGAGUGCGGUAAGAGCAUUACCCAGUCCUCCAGCCUAGCCCAGCGCCAGCACGUCUACACUGGGGAGAAGCCACAUCAGUGCUCAGAUUGUGGGAAGAGCUUCAGUCAAUCCUCCCAUCUGGUCCAGCACCAGUGCAUCCACACGGGGGAGAAGCCACAUCAGUGCUCUGAAUGUGGGAAGAGCUUCAGUCAAUCCUCCCAUCUGGUCCAGCACCAGUGCAUCCACACGGGGGAGAAGCCACAUCAGUGCUCUGUGUGUGGAAAGAGCUUCAGCAAAUCUUCCAGCCUAGCCCAGCACAAGCGCAUCCACACGGAGGCAGAGCCACAUUGGUGCUCUGUGUGUGGGAAGAGCUUCACUUACUUCUCUAGUUUGGCCUGGCACCAGCACAUCCACACUGCAGAGAAGCUGCAUCAGUGCUCUGAAUGUGGAAACAGCUCCACCUACUCCUCCAGCCUGGCCCUGCACCUGCUUAUCCACAAAGGGGAGAAACCACAUCAGUGCCAUGAGUUUGGGAAGAGCUUCACCCAAUCCUCCCACCUGGACCAGCACCAGCUUAUCCACACGGGGGAGAAGCUACAUCAAUGCCCCAAGUGUGGAAAGAGCUUCCGCCAUUCCUCCAGCCUGACCCUGCACCAGUUUAUUCACACAGGGGAGAAGCCAUAUCAGUGUUCUGAGUGUGGGAAAAGCUUCACCCAGUCCUUCAACCUGACCUAGCACAAGUCCAUCCACACAGGGGAGAAGCCACAUCAGUGCUCAGAGUGUGGGAAGAGCUUCACCUGCUUCUCCAACCUGGCUCAGCACCAGCGCAUCCACUCCUGGGAGUAUCAAUAAUUCUGUCAGCAAUGCAGGGGAGGGCUGGGAGAUGUCUACCUGCUCAGUACCCACCAGUUCAUAGAAUCAUAGAAGUAGGGUCAGAAGGGACCUUGUAGAUCUUCAAGUCCGAGUCCCUGCCUGGGCAGGAGGAAAACUGGGCUCAAUUGACCCCAG